CCAUUGGGCAGCUCGGCGGCACGAGACGGGAGCGGCGGCGCGAGGUUCAAGGCUGACUUGAUACAGUAGUACCAAUGAGGUACCAUCUGACAAAGCUUAUUCCCUAGAAAAGGCAUUUGGACGAAAUGAAUCAUGCUGACAUAAAAUGUUUCAAGAACUGUUCCAGAAUGUAUAGAAUUUAGAAAGAUGACCAUCAAUGUAUCCACCAACUCUCCAGCCACCUCUUUCAACAGUCUGGGAUGUAGAUCAUCGAGUUCAGGAGAAUUAUCAACUUUCAGUCCUAGCAAUUUCUCCAGUACUACUUUUUAACUUUAAGUUUCCAUCUGAAUGAAGACUGAAGCUGCUCUUUGUGCUGCCAAUCAUAAAUUGUGAGGAGAAUUAUAGUCUGAAGCUGUGCACGUUUAAGCAGGGGUCUGAACCUCUGGGGAAGUUCAGAUUUAUUUUGUCACUGGAUUCUGAAUGAGAUGUCUAAAUGAGAAGAGUGGUUGAGAAUUUAGUGUUCCCUAAUAGAGACGGCAAAGAAGCUUCAUGCGCCUGGCUGAUUUACGGUGCGCCACCUCUGAGAUUGAUGGACUGACAAUUGCUAUGUCUGCAGUGCUGCUGAUACCCCAGCUCUGAAUUCAUGCUGCUGAAGGAGUCUUACAUUUAUAGCUGAUAGAAUUGCACUGCUUUUCAUCUAAGAUCUGAACCAAAGUAGCAGAGUGGACAUGGCUGGUUUCAUUAACAAAGUGCUAUUGGUAUUUCUAAUCCUUCAGAACAACUGCAUGUGCCAUGAAAGCACGUCUCUCUUAAAGAGAUAUCAACAAAGCCCAUGGACAUUGCCCUCCGGUUGUCGCAAAAACAGGCAUCCAGACAUUUCACCAAAUUCUCCUAACUUUAAACUUGAAGUUAGAAUGCCUGGAGUAACUCCUGUAAUGUCGGAUAGCUACUUUUGCACAUUUGUUCCAGUGCCACCUGGUCAGAAAUCCUAUAUAGUUGACUUUAAGCCUCAUGCAAGCAUGGAGACUGCUCAUCAUAUGUUACUGUUUGGAUGCAGCAUGCCAGCCACGAAUGAGGAUUAUUGGGACUGUGGCGGUAGAUAUGGCACUUGCUUAGAUGAAGCUAAAAUCAUGUAUGCAUGGGCUAGAAACGCUCCACCCACACGAUUACCUGCUGAUGUUGGCUUUAGAGUUGGUGGAAACACAGAUAUCAACUACAUUGUUCUUCAGGUCCAUUAUGGAGAUGUCACUGCAUUUAGAGAUAACCACAAAGAUUGCUCUGGUGUAACACUACAGAUGACAUUUCUUCAACAACCUUUGAUUGCUGGCAUUUAUCUCCUCUUGUCUGACGAUACUGUCAUACCACCAGGAGAAAAAGUUGUAAAUGCAGAUAUUGCCUGUUUAUAUAAACAGACUACUAUACAUCCAUUUGCUUUCAGAACACAUACUCAUCAAUUAGGUCAGGUGGUUAGUGGAUACAGAGUAAGAGAUGGGAAAUGGACAUUAAUAGGCCGACAGAGUCCACAACUGCCACAGGCUUUCUAUCAUAUGGAAAACUCAAUGGAUAUUAAAUAUGGUGACACCAUUACAGCUAGAUGUGUUUUCUCAGGAAGAGGAAGGACAACUGUUACACGGAUAGGAAGAACGUCGAAAGAUGAAAUGUGCAACUUAUAUAUCAUGUAUUACAUGGAAGCUAAGCAUGCCAAGCCAUACAUGUACUGCAUGCAAGAAGGUAGCCCUGAAUUGUUUAAAGAUAUUCCUCCGGAGGCAAAUAUUCCGAUCCCUGUCAGCCCAGCUAUGGCUAUGCAUGGACAUCAUACAGGUAAAGAGAACCCAGAUGAAAAUGUUAUACUGCAGCAACCUAAAAGGGAGGAAGAGGUUGUUCUUGACCAGGGUAAUUUUUAUGCACUCAUUUCCAAGCUCCUGGGAGAACGAGAAGAUGUGGUUCAUGUGCAUAAGUACAACCCUACACACAAAGCAGAAUCAGACCUAGUUGCUGCAAUAGCUAAUGUGGUGCAUAAAAAGGACCUGACUUCUGGUCCAAAGGAGUUCUUGGAACUCAGUGAAAGGUCUGACCCUGUCCUAGUAAGAGACAGAGUUCACAAAUUCCACAGGAUAGAAUCCACAUUAAGGCCUGCUGGCAAUAGAUUAUCAAAUCUGCAGGCUCAACCUGGAAUGAACAGCAGAGAAACUGAAUACAACGAAGUGUCUCAUUUGGAAGAAGCAAUUGACUGGCCUGGAGAGAAAUUAAAGCUGGGCCAAGUUUCUGGAGUUGCACUGGAUUCCAAAAAUAACCUAGUCAUUUUUCACAGAGGAAACCAUGUGUGGGAUGAGAAUUCUUUUGACCAGAAGCAUAUAUAUCAGCCCCAAGGUAUUGGACCAAUUCAGUACAACACUAUCCUUACUUUGGACCCAGUCAGUGUGAAAGUGCUUAAUGGUGUGGGAUCAAAUAUUUUCUAUCUACCCCAUGGUAUUAGCACAGACAAAGACGACAACUUCUGGGUAACUGAUGUGGCACUUCAUCAGGUUUUCAAGCUGGGACCUAGAGGUGACUAUUUAUUAGUUCUAGGACAAGCCUUUCAGCCAGGAAGUGACAGCAGUCAUUUCUGUCAGCCCACUGAUGUGGCAGUGGAUCCAGCUCAUGGUAAUGUCUACGUGUCUGAUGGCUACUGCAACAGCAGGAUUAUUCAAUUUUCUCCAGAAGGAAAGUUCAUUAUGCAGUGGGGAGAAGGAAGCUCACUUUCUGGAAUACCGAAACCAGGUCAAUUCUUCAUUCCACACAGCUUGACAUUUGUGCCAGUAUUAGGCCAGCUGUGUGUCGCUGAUAGAGAGAAUGGGCGGAUCCAGUGUUUUAUAGCACAGUCAGGACAAUUCCUUCGGGAGAUUCAACAUCCUGAGUUUGGAGAGCGACUGUUUGCAGUGUCCUAUACACCUGACAAUGGUGGGCAGUUAUAUGCAGUAAAUGGAGAAGCUCUUGUUGGCAAGGGAGUACCAGUGCAAGGAUUUGUUCUGAAUUUUACGACUGGAGAAUUACUGGACAUCUUCAAACCAAUCAAACAGAACUUCUUGAUGCCACAUGACAUUGUUGCAGCAGAUGAUAAGACUAUAUAUGUUGGGGAUGUUCAAGCAAACACAGUGUGGAAAUUUGUACCAGCAGAAAAAGCUGAGCACCGUUCAGUAAAGAAAGCUGGGCCUGGCAUGGAGAUGCAUGAAAUAGAUGCAACUGAAACAUUCCUGGAAGCAGAAAUAGAAGGCAAGAUGAGAACACCUAAUGUGCUGGAGAAGCAUAAAAGUAACAAUGUUCUCAAACAGUCAAGUACUGCAGUUUCUCCAGUCCUUAUUACAUUACUGCUCAUCAUUCCUGUUGUGAUGUUAGUAGGAAUUGGACUCUUUAUCCACCUGCGAAAGAGCAAGAUAUAUGGAGAAGACCCUGAUAGCAAAUUGGAGUCAAUACAGUCAUCAGGAGGAAUCCUGGGGAGGCUUAGGGGAAAAAGCAGCCGAGGACUAAAUUUGGGGAACUUCUUUGCAAGCCACAGAGGUUACAGUCGAAAAGGUUUUGACAGAUUGAGUACUGAAGGAAGUGAUCAAGAAAAAGAUGAUGAAGAAGGCACUGACUCAGAAACAGAAGAGUAUUCUGCACCACCACUUCCACCCACCACCUCAUCCUCUUGAAAUAUGCUAAUUCCAAUUUGCCCUGAUAACGCUGACAAUAUAUUGAGUUCCCAUUUUGUUUCCCUAAAAGCAGAUGUGUUCAGGAUGUGUAUUUGAUAGUAACUGUACUAAUCUGUUUUGCCUACACAACAUGUACGUUUUUAUUUAUUUGUGGAGAGUUUCAUUAUCAUGCUUUUGCCUCCAUAUCUAAACAAUCAAGUCAGUUUUAUUCUCGGGACCAAGUAUUGUCUGAAUACUGAAGCAAAAUUUACCGCUUUGGGCCAUAAUGAAUAUUUUUAAUUGUUACUGUCUUACCUUGCUGGAGCUAUAAACCUGUGUUGGUGAGUCAGUCACUUUUUUGUGCUUGAGCUGUAGCAUUUGGCUACUGUCCUGUCUGGCACUUUAGUUUGAUAUUUCCAGUUGUAAGUAACAUCGUGCCUUCUCUAUCAAGCAUCCUUAGUCUAUUGUAGUCCAAUUAUGCUACAAAGGGAAGCAAGGCUGCUACUUUUUGUCUUAGUUUCUCUCUAUAACUAUCCUGUUUACUGAACAGAAAAUUGUAUAUACAGAGAACAGGAUCUGUAUUUACAGCAAAAGUCAUUUUUUGAUGUAUUCAAAGUAAAUGUCUAAUACUAAAAUUCUAGGGGGGUGCAAAUUGUUAUAUUGUCAGAACACUAUUUUCGGUCGCUGAAUGUAAUUUGUGUAAUAAAGUGUUCGCGAGCAUUA